AUGCUUGUUAUUGACAAUUAUGUAUUUCAAUUGAAUAAAACAACCACCACAACGAAGUAUUAUCGAUGCGAGCAUCGAGAAUGUGGUGCAACAGUACAUACAGACAUAAAUGAUGUUCUUUUAAAAACUAAAGGUGAUCAUUGUCAUGUAAUUGAACCAGAAAAAAAUAAAAUUCGUAUUUUCAAACAAGUCGUGAAAGAACGUGCUAUUAAUGAAAGUACUCCUAUACCAAAGAUUUAUGAAGAAGAAUCAGCAAAAAUGAUUUUGUCACCAGCAACAAUUGCUAUUUUACCUUCUCAACGAGAAAUGAAACUAAAAGGUUUAGCUAUUGGUAUGAAUCAAAUUUUUGAUCCAUCUACAAUAAUAUCUGAUUUUGAACAAGGUUUAGGUGAAGCUAUUAGUAGUGAAUUUCCAAAUAGCAACCAUAUAGGUUGUUAUUUUCACUUUACGCAAGCUGUAUAUCGUCAUAUACAGCAAUUUGGUUUAUCAAGUGCUUAUAUUAAUGAUGAAAAUAUUCGUAUGAUAUGUAGGAAGCUUAUGGCUCUUGCAUUACUUCCAUCUUCCGUGGUAUUAAAAAGUUUUGAGGAUCUUUAUGAAAGUGUUCUUUUAGCAUCUUCAUCAGAACUUGGUUCAUUGAGACCUCUAUUUGAUUAUUUUGAAAACUAUUGGAUUAAAAGAAUAGAUAUUAAUAAAUGGAAUGUUUAUGGAAUUCGAAUUAGAACGAACAAUAAUGCAGAAGGAUUUCAUAAUCGUUUAAAUUUACGUAUUGCAAAAUAUCAUCCGAAUAUAUGGACUUUUAUUAGGUGCAUACAAGGAGAAGAAAACAGAUUCAAUCAUGUGCUGAUUCAAAUGAUAGGUGGUCUUGCAGCCAGAUCAAAAACAGCUGCAACAAAUGCUAUACAACAACGAAUUGAUACUUUAUAUUUGCGUUAUCAAAAUAAUGAUAUCACUGUUGAUGAACUCUUAAAUGGCUUGUCUUAUGUUGUCGCGAAAAAUACUACAUCGAAAAGAAAAAAAUGA